UAGCUAUAUUUUUGUUGUUUUUACUUGAUAUAUAUGCAAAUUGCAAUCCGCACUAAAAAGUUAAGAAUAUAACUAUACAUAUAUGUUACUAAACAUGGCGCUGCCCAGCAACUACAAGCAAAUCGCCGUUGGGGCACCAACAGGGCCGGCAACCCCGCUACCCAGCGGCGGAGCUGUUGGCGGCGGCGGCGGUGGCAGUGGGAGCAGCCGGUCGCGUUCAUCUGGCGGCGGCGCUGCUGGCGAUCGAAAUAAGGAUCAAACGCCCAUAUUUACGCACAGCAACUAUAGCAAUCCGGCGUUUACGCCGCAAAAAGUGACCAAAUCCUCAAGCAGCAAGACCCAAAGCGAAUCGCGUUUGCCAAAGCCACCGAAGCCGCCAGAGAAGCCCAUAUUGCCAUAUAUGCGUUACUCGAAGCGUGUUUGGGACAGCGUUAAGGCGCAGCAUCCGGAGCUCAAGCUGUGGGAGCUUGGCAAAAAGAUAGGCGUCAUGUGGAAGCAGCUUAAUGAGGACGAAAGAACCGAAUAUGUCGACGAGUACGAGGCGGAGAAGCUGGAGUAUGAGAAGGCAUUGAAGGCAUACCACCAGACGCCCGCCUAUCAGGCCUACAUCUCGGCCAAAUCGAAAGUCAAACCCGAGAUAACUGAUGUGCAUGAGACGCCAUCCCGUGGCGGCGGCAGCAAGAGCCAGCACGAGCGUCGCAUUGAUAUACAGCCGGCAGAGGAUGAGGAUGAUCUGGAUGAGGGAUAUACGGCCAAGCAUAUGGCAUACGCGCGCUAUUUGCGCAAUCAUCGCCUUAUCAACGAAAUAUUCUCCGAGGCGGUGGUGCCCGAUGUGCGAUCCGUGGUGACAACGCAGCGCAUGCAGGUGCUCAAGCGUCAGGUCAGCUCGCUGACCAUGCACCAGACAAAGCUGGAGGCGGAGCUGCAGCAAAUGGAGGAGAAGUUCGAGGCAAAAAAGCAGCGCAUGCUCGAAUCGAGCGAUGCCUUCCAGGAGGAGCUUAAGCGGCACUGCAAGCCUGCCGUGGAUGAGGACACAUUCCAGAAAAUGGUGCAUCGCAUGUACGAGGAUAUCAAACGCGAUCGUCAACGCAUGGAGGAGGCGCCCAAUCGCAAAGAGGAGCCGCCGCAGCAGCAGCCGCAGGCACCACAGCAGCAGCCUGCGGCGCCGGAAGCGAGCAUUGCACCCAAACCGGAGCCGGCCAAGCCGCCGGUGGUGGUGGCACCGCAACCUCCGCCACCGCCGCCGCAACCACCCGUACACGAGCUGGCCAGCAAAACGGAUCCAGAGCCCAUGGACAUUGAGCCGCCGCCAAAGCCAUCUGUGCCGCCGCCACCACCGCCCGUAAAGCAUGACAAACUGGAUCUACCUCCGGUGCCACUGAACGAGCACGUAAAGGAAUCGCUCAAGACGCCAACAACAGCAACCGCUGUGCCCGGCAAGCCAGUUACGCCCACAGCGACGCCCGCGGCAACACCACCGCCGCCGCCACUAAGCAGUGAGCCGCCAGCUACAACACCCACGCCACCGCCGCCGCAGCAACAACAACAACAUCAACCAGCAGCUGCAACACCAGCAGCACCACCACCACAGCAACCGCCGCCGCAAAUAGCAGCGGCACCAGGAGGAGCAGGAGGAGCACCUCAAAUGCAUCCGCAUGCUCACGUAGGUGGACCGCCGCCGCCAGGCUCACACCCAGCACACCUGCCGCCUCACAUGGCGCCGCAGCAGCAGCAACAACAGCCGCAGCAGCCGCCGCCCGGUGGCAUGCCCGGACUGCCGCCACCGUUGCCGCACAUGGGGUAUGCUAACUAUGGUGGCCCUGGGCCGGGCCAGCACUCGCACACGCACUACUAUCAGCCACAGUAUGGGCCGCAUUCGCGGCCGCAGCCCUAUUAUCCACACCUGCCGCCCUAUCAGCCAUAUACGCCGCUGCAUUUUGCCAGCGCCAGGGAGCAUGGCGGUGUCAAUGCACCACCAGGUGCGCCACAACAACAACAACAGCAGCAGCAGCCACCACCACCAACACCGCAGCAGCAGCAGCAGCAACCACCACAACAAGCGCCGCCGCCGCCGCCGCCGGGACAUAUGCAUGAGGGGGCGCCAGUAGCUGGCGCUGUGUACGGCUCAGCUCAGCAACAGCCGCCGGCACAGCCUCAUCCGUUGCCACAGCCGCCAACACAGCCAGCGCCAGCAGCAGGAACGGCAGCAGUAGCGGCGGCGGCGGCGGCGCCACCGUCAGUUGGUGCUGCGCCCGCUGCACAGCCGCCGCCCUCGGCAGGCGAAGUAGCUGCUAAAUCCGAGUCGGAUAAACACGAAACGGACUAGGACCGCAAGGAAUUCCACAUGUGCAGGAAUAUCAGAGUAUUCCCCAUGUGGACACACUCGCUCCAAUAUCAAGCACUUCGGUGUGCGCGUUGUAAAUUGAGCUCCACUGACUGCACAGCGCACCGCAACGAAGAAAAGCAAAAAAAAUAAAAUAAAUAAAUAACAUCAUU